AUGUCUCAAACCCAGCAAUCUGCCUUCUCCUCAUCGAUCUACGAUAGUGAUUUCGACAAUUAUACUCACAAUCAUCCUUUUAUAUCUGAUCUAUCUGAGAGUCAGGAAACAUUACCUUUAUUCGAAACGGACUUCCUCCGACCGUCCCUACCUCCAUCAAUCCCUUCAACAUUCACACGUGUUGGCCCUGGUCGUAAGAAGGUCUAUUUUCUCUAUGACGAAAUGCUCCAUAACGACUGGGUAAGUUGGUGGCUAGAGACAGGCUUCGGUAAGAAACAACAUAUAUCCUGGGACGCGAAACAUCAGUCUAGUACCUGGGACACAUUUCACCAGGUCGCCCAUAGCUCUGAUGGUACUGCAAAGGUUAUGUGCAAGCGCUGUGGACAGAUUCUUGAGCACCCAAACUUUGUCCGUGAGACAAAAGAUGGGAAGAAACAGCGUCAAGGAACCUCAACUAUGAAAGGCCACCUUUCUAGCGCAGGGUGUAUAAAAGCUACCCAAGGUCAAGGGACAGAUAUCACUCGAUUUUUACAGCUCAAGAUUCGAAACCUUGCGAUCUAUGUGAAUGCAAGUCCCCAACGACGGGAAACCUUCUACAAUCUACAAGGCGAAACAACAAAGCUUAUGCCUCUUCAAGACGUUAAGACACGCUGGAAUUCUACGUUUCUAAUGCUUCGACGUGCAAAACGCUUACGAUCGUUUUUCCAGCCAUUUUGUGAUGAGUAUAAGCGGCCUGAUAUAGUACUCGAGGACGAAGAAUGGCGCCAGGUUGACUACCUUCUCUUCAUUACCCAGCCCUUCUUUGAUUUCACAGUUGAACUUUCAAAAACCCGGGAUGCCACUACACAUCAUGUAUUUCUGAUUUAUAACAAGCUGUUUGAGCACCUAGAGCUAUCAAUCACCCAGCUUACGCGGAAGAAGACUACCUGGAAGCGACAGAUGCUUCAGGCGUUACAAGCUGCGCGAAAGAAGCUUGAUGAGUACUACUCUGAGACAGAUAACUUCUUCCAAACAGAUGAUUGGGAUGAUCGUUGGCGUACGAUAUACAGAAAGUCUCUUGAAGAGCAUUUGGCUGUUUAUAAAGAACGUCUUGCCCAGCAACCGACGUCUCCUCUAUCUCUUUCGUUAGGGGGAGGAAUAUCGCGCCUAGACUCGAUGGUAAAGCCAAAGCGUCCCCGCUCUGCUGUAGCAGGCGAUGAGCUUUCGCAAUAUCUUGAUAGUGCCCUUGCACGAGAUAUGCUUUCAGUCCCUGCGACUGGUGCUGGUGUUGAACGACUUUUUAAUACUGCCCGAGAUAUCUGUCACUAUCGCCGUGGAAGAUUAAGUGCAACAACUAUCCAGGAGUUAAUGAUGUUUCUUUGUACUUCAAAAUUCGAGAUCGAGGAGGAACAGGCAGUAUUCCUACAGGAAUUCUUUACUCGCGACGAGAUCGAAGCGGCAAAGGAGGAGAAGGAAAUCACAACUAAUACAGUGAACGUCGAUCCGAUUAGUGAUACUGAGGAAGAGCAAACCCAGGAAGAGGAAGAGGUGCAAGGUAGGGAGGAUAUACAGGUUAUGAUCGAUCAUGAUACUGACCCUCCCCUUCCUUCUAAUAAAGAUAAAAGCACUCAGAUACGUGCUUCUGUAAGAGCUCGGAAACGGAUCAGACAUGACGAGGAUCUAUACCAGUAUUAUUAG